GCAACAACCUGAAACAAGGCGAGACUUGCUUUUUAGUUUGAACCAGGACCAGACCCUGACACUGAUCAGUCCAGUGGAGUUUGAACCGGGCCGGUGAUUUGGUGCAAUGCGAACACUUAAAUGGUCCAUUGUGCACGCUGUCAGAUAGAUAGGCGGGAGCAGCAACCUCCCACUCCUCCUAUUGCUAUAACAACCACAGGGCGGGCGGUGUGACUCGAUGCCACAGCAGCACGGCUCGGAUGCGACUGCCAGGUGUCAUCCUCCAGCAAGUAAGCCCGUGAGCUCACCGUUCUGCCGCUGCACUGGGGACUGAAACCCGCCCUGGGAAAAACAGAGUAGUAGGAGGAAGAAGAGGGAGAGCCUGUGUUUCCCCUGUCACGGUGAUCUGAACAGUGGGGAAGCUCAGACUCGGGAUCCGCUACGUCAAACAGAUUAGUGAAAUAACCUCUCGGGGUAGGACAGACAUACCUCCCCUCCUUGCUGCAUGUAUGGGGCUGAGGAAGCAACAUAGUCUGCGCUGACAAAGACCCAGGAAGCCUCUGACGGAUUAGAGAAGUGCACUACUUUUCUCUUCUUUUCUUUGUUUUUGUUUUGUCUGCUGGCUGAAGAUCCUCCAGUAUCCUCCUCUCUUUGCCUGUCCUCCCCCACCCCCUGGUGCGAAAUGGCGAAAGAAAACGGCGAUGGAUCUUGGAAAAAGCAUGUCGAUGAUAUCAAGAUGAUAUUUGACUUCAAGGAAGUCCUUGGGACGGGUGCAUUUUCCGAGGUGGUGAUGGCUCGGGAGAAGGUCACAGGGAAGAUGGUCGCUAUCAAGUGUAUCCCAAAGAAAGCUCUAAAGGGGAAGGAGACGAGCAUCGAGAAUGAAAUUGCAGUGCUUAGGAAGAUACAACAUGAGAAUAUUGUGGCUCUGGAGGACAUCUAUGAGAGCUCAAACCACCUGUACCUCAUAAUGCAACUAGUGUCUGGAGGGGAGCUGUUUGACCGCAUCGUAGAGAAAGGUUUCUACACAGAGAUGGACGCGAGUCGGCUCAUUCGACAGGUCCUUGAUGCAGUCAACUAUCUGCACUCCAUGGGCAUAGUGCACAGAGACCUAAAGCCUGAAAACCUGCUAUACUUCAGUCCACAUGAUGAAUCAAAGAUCAUGAUCAGUGAUUUUGGCUUGUCAAAGAUGGAGGGAACAGGGGAUGUCAUGGCCACCGCCUGUGGAACUCCAGGAUACGUGGCGCCUGAAGUUUUAGCUCAGAAGCCUUACAGUAAAGCAGUGGACUGCUGGUCUAUUGGGGUCAUCGCUUAUAUCCUGCUGUGCGGUUAUCCUCCUUUCUAUGACGAGAACGACUCCAAACUCUUUGAACAAAUUCUCAAGGCCGACUAUGAGUUUGAUGCACCGUAUUGGGACGACAUAUCAGACUCUGCCAAAGACUUCAUCAGCUGCCUCAUGGAGAAGGAUCCCGAGAAGAGAUUCACAUGUGACCAGGCUCUUGAGCACCCAUGGAUUGCUGGAGACACUGCUCUCUGCAAGAACAUCCAUGAGUCAGUCAGUCGGCAGAUGCGGAAAAACUUUGCCAAAAGCAAAUGGAGGCAAGCGUUUAAUGCAACGGCUGUGAUUCGCCACAUGAGGCGUCUGCAGCUGGGCACCAGCUUCGGCAGCAGCAUUCAAAGCAACAACACUGUGUCCAACCCUCCGAGCCGUGCUCCAGCCAAGAGCCAGUCCGUGGACUGUGCCCCGCUCUCCAUGAAGGACUGUCCUUCAAUCGCCCCCUUGCCCUCUGCUGUGAAAGUUUACAAUCAGGACUCAGACGCCACCUCUCCUAUAAGAGAGGAGCCAUCAGUGGUGGCUGAGGCCCCGAGACCACGCCCCUCCACUGUUACGGUCAUCCACACUGGGACUAAAUGACGCCAGGUUCCGCGGGAAGUGAGCUGGGAGACCACAGAGCUUUGAGAUGGGGAUCAAAACCUACCCAGGCCUUGUGAUUCAAACUUGUCGCCCAGUUUGCUCAUCCCGCAUCCUCCCACCUGUUUCUGCCAACCAGGGGAGGAAUUUGAGGAGCGUUGGUUCAGCUCCAUUUAUGUUGGCUCAGCAUGGCACCCCCCCUGCUGCCUUCUUUGUCACAGAGACGUGGAAGUUCAGAGGAGGGGAUGCUCACCAGAAGAUGUUGUUGUGGAAUCCAUGUUCAGCCUGGAUCUUGGUUGUCUUGGAAGAUAAUCCUGCAGAUGGUCUUGGAAGUGCCACUCUUAAAGGAACUCGUCAUUAAAGCUGCUAUCAUUUUUGACUGUGAGCGUCCCAACACUUGACGCUCAACUGUUUGCCUUGUGUAAAUAUACUGCCUGGAACUGUUGAGUGGAGUCAUGUUAUGCAAGUGAAAUAUACAGUGAGCUUCAAGCUGUGGUGAAUAAUUGUGACAUCAUCUGCACUCGUUUUGACAGCUCUUGUUAAUUUGCUGUGAUGUUUGCUCCAACAGUUCCACAGGGUCUUAACUCCCAGCAGUGACAGUGUGUGUUAUCUCUUUGCUUUACAGUGUGUGGACAUGAAACACGACUGGGACAGUGUGCUUUAAUCACAGCUGUGAUAGCUGAGAGGUCGGUGCAUUGCACUUAUGUAUUGGAUUAUUUAUUUUCUUACAAUAUAUCAUGACUUUUGUAAGAACAUCACUUGCAGAAACAUGUAAAUGUGUUAUUAGGCCAGACUGAAAAAGUAACUGAAUGACAAAGAUAUGAUAAUCUACUAGCUGUUUCUUUGUAAUUAAUGUUUAAUUUGAUUAGUUUUGACUUGACUGUGAAGCCCUCCUUGACCAGAGGGGGGCAACAACGUAUUGUUGUUGUGUGACCAGUUCUCAGGGAUGUGCUCCAGCAUGAAGCUAACCAAACCACCUGUCAGAGUGAUCCAACAGCGCUGAUGGAGGAUGGUGGAAAAGUGGGAGAGAAAAUCCUCCAAAAACUGCAUGUUACUCCAAUGUGCCAUUGGGAGAGUCUGACAGAUGCUUUCUUUCAUUAAAUCCAUCAUUGUUGACAG